GUUUAAAAAUGCGGCUACUUAAACAGCCUUUUAAAACGGCGAUUCUACUUCUGCGAAAUCCGAAACUUUAUUUGCUACUUUUAGUGAUAGUAGUGGGUACUAUAUUACGCUUACAUACAACAAAAUAUGACAGCAUUCUUAAAAAGACACGCGUGGCUCGUUUGCAUAAAGACUUGGAAGAAUGGGAUAGAAGAGCACCUAUUGACCAUCAAGAACAUAACGAGGAAAUAAAGAGUGCGUUGACAUCACUCAGUCAACGACAUGUCUCUUUGGAGAAACGGGACAGUGUAGUAGUAGUCAACAACGAUGACUUGGAUGUAGAGAGGUUGAAUGGAGUUCAAACAAACGAUUCACAUCAUGAACGUGCUUUGUUUGAGCAGCGGGAAAGCAUUGAAUAUGACCGAAUCCGUAAUGACAUAAAACUCAUACCAAAGUUCGUGGUUAAUGUGAUAAAGACAGAAGGCCAGAAGACGAAUAAAAACGGAACAACUGCAAGAUUUACUCCUGAUAAAUAUCCAUUCAAUGUGAAUUUAACACAGAUUGUACGGCAGUACGACGAGAACGGAUUUGCUGAUGUAACACCAAUCAAUGUGUUUGAUUAUCGCUACAUUAUCAACCCACAUAACACAUGCAGCGGAUCAGAUGCCGUGCGGGUUUUAUUCAUUGUGAAAAGUGCUCCACACAAGACUUCAAAACGAGAAAUCAUUCGCGAUACCUGGGCCGACAAAAAACGCUUCCCAUGGAUUCGGAUUGUUUUCUCCUUCGGCAUACCAAAAGAAAAAGAAGGAUUAUUAGAUCUACAAGACGAAUCCGCUAAAUACCAGGACAUUUUCCUUGUGAAUUACAAAGAUAACUAUUAUAACCUAACCCUGAAGACAGUGAGCGGGUUGAAGUGGGCGGUAACCCACUGUCGACGUGCCAUGUACGUAGUUUCCGUGGAUGACGAUAUUUACGUCGCACCAGACCUGUUGCUUAAAUAUCUUGACGAUCUUCCCGCACGGAAAGCAGAGACAUUCUUCUCCGGUCAUCGUUUAACAGGUACUAUGCCAAUACGGGAUCCAUCAUCGAAAUGGUAUACACCCAAGACUGAGUAUACUUUCAAAAAUUAUCCCAAUUAUAUUUUCGGAGGCUUUGUGAUCAUGUCCAUGUCAACUGUGAGGAACUUUGCAAUAGCAGCAAAGUAUACCAAGUUGUUUAAAUUUGAAGAUGUAUAUUUGGGAAUUUUAGCAGCUAAGCUAGGGAUUAAGGUUAUAGAUAAUGUGUUUGUUAACUCAGGACGAGCGUUUACAGUGUCGACUUCAUUUAAAAAUACAAUUGCCUCUCAUUAUUACGGUAAUCCAAAAGAUUUAAGAAGAGCCUGGGACUGCCACUUGAGUAUAUUAGACCAACAUGCUGAUAAAGCUGUUUACUGUGACUAUAUAGGCAAGCGACUAGAGCAUCUGAAAUCUGAAAUAAAUGAUAUAGCUAAAUGGAUGGAAUUCGCAAAGAAAAACUCAUAAAUGUUGUAUCAAUAUAUUAAAAAGGUCAUAUUAAACAGCUGCCAAUGGAUGUUUUAUAUAUGACGUUUCGAUGACUAGUAGGGUAUGU